AUGGCAGACACAGUUCAGAAGCAGCCACAGUCAACUGCCGCCUCCGUUGCCGCGAGCCAGGGCGAUGGCAAGCAACAUCUGUUACUCGCUGCGAGCGGCUCCGUCGCGACCAUCAAGCUUCCUGAAAUCAUAUCUGCGCUAUCCUACAGAGAAAGAUUAUCCAUCCGAGUCAUUCUCACAAAAUCGGCUACGCACUUCCUCGCUGGUCAAGCCGCUGAGCAGCCUAACCUGGCGGCUUUGUCCAGUUUACCCAAUGUUGAUGGUCUGUACGUAGAUGAGGACGAGUGGACCAGCCCCGGCUGGAUCAGAGGUGACAGCAUUUUGCAUAUUGAGCUGCGUCGCUGGGCAGAUGUGCUCUUUGUCGUGCCCCUCUCCGCCAAUCUGCUCGCCCGCAUUGCUGCAGGCAUGUGUGAUGACUUGCUCUCCAGCGUCAUCCGCGCCUGGGAUACUCGCCGCGCUGCCAUCGUCGUCGCUCCGUCAAUGAACACAUUAAUGUGGGAGCAUCCUCUUACGGAAAAGCAUUUGGAUACCCUGCGUUCGUGGCCAUGGUUCACUGUUCUACUGCCGCAGCCCAAGGCUCUCGCAUGUGGCGAUGUUGGGCAGGGCGCAAUGCGUGAGUGGAAAGAGAUUGUGGCUGACAUUAAAAAAAAGCUUGAUGAUCUUGCCAAUUGA